AUGUCUAAACGUCAUCAGCCAUUGAAAAUAAUUGAAACGUUCGAUGAACAAUUAUCAUCAUUAUCAUCAGACGAAUUAAAAACAUUUGUUGCUCAUGUUCGCCAUCGUUUAGAUGAUAUCAAUGAAAAAGAAAAAGCUCCUCAAGAAGAAAAUAAUAUUUUUUCUCGAGUUAGUCUUUUAUCAUUAUUAUUAAUUCUUCAAUCUGCUUCAUCAUUUAUUUUACAAUCAUUUUCGGAUCUUAUAUCACAUCAUAUAUUAAUAACAAUGUAUUUAACAAUGCUUGUCGGUGCUGGUGGUAAUGCUGGAAAUCAAGCAGCUGUAUUAGUUAUUCGUCGUUUAGCAACAUCUAAUUCAUUUUCAAUACGAUCACUUAUUAUACGAGAAACAUUGUCAGCAGUGAUUAUUGGUACUAUUGUUACAUUAAUUGGCUUUAUUCGCGUAUUGCUUGAAGAACGUGGUGCUCUUUUACCUUCAUUAACUAUUGGUGUAGCUUUAUUUUGCAUUAUUACUACAUCGAUUGUGCUUGGUACAUUACUUCCAAUUAUUUUACAACGUGUUAUCCAUAUUGAUGCUGCUCAUGCAGGUCCUAUCAUUCAAGUUAUAAUGGAUAUACUGGGUGUAUGCAUCACAUGUGCUGUAGGACAAACAUUUCUUGUCAAUUUAUCUCAUGCUAAACAUAAAGAAUUAUAA